CACACACACACAGAGAAAGAGAGAGAGAGGAACUUUUGUCAGCGCUUAGAAUCUUCCGGACAAGAGCUGAAAGACGGAUAUUCCCUGCCUGAGGACACACCCUCCAUGCUCUCUUCUCAACCUCUUUUCUCUCAUUGUUUCUCACGCUGGGUCGCCGCCAGGCUUCGUUUCUGGUUGACAAAUGACCAGCAGCCGACCCCCCUUUUUUUGGAUGAGGAGGUGCACAAAGAAGACUUAACUUUUUAUCCUGGUGAUAGACAACAGGAAUUGGAUGUUGGAAUCGAUCAUACGGGGAUUUGUCGAUUGGUUGUUGGGGGUUUGAUUGAUCAGCCUGAAAAAAGAAGGAGGAGAGAGCGCGUCGCCUAAUUGGGAUGAGAGUUCAACUAAAGUGAGCCGCCAGAUUGGAGCUUUUAAAGCCUCUCAAAGAAACCAACCGUAGCCGCGCUCUUGUUGUGGUGCGUUCGCGGACACACACGGUUGACACCUUAACCGGACAAGGAGGUGCAGGUGCGGUGGGUGGAGGGCGAUCAAUCCGAGCUGAAGAUGAAGUAACGCGGACUCCGGAGGAAGUGUUCCAAGAUUUGGGUCGGAAUAAGAGGAGAGUGUCUCCUCGCCUCCAGGCAAGGGAUGGAGCAAGGCACAAGUCGCUUGGAGCCCAGGAGCGUCACCGGGAGAAGGAGUGACCGACACCCGGGUAUCUUCCACCUGCCUCGGACUGUGUUUUUCCUCGUCGCGUUCACCGUGCAACCACAGGCGGUGUGGACAGUCGGCCUGUUUGAGCUCCAGAUCCGUCACUACCAGAACCCAAACGGACUCCUGCUGAACGGCAACUGUUGCGACCUCCAGGUCGGAGUGGGGCAGCGCUGCUCUUCGAGAGACCAGUGCGACACUUUUUUCCAAGCCUGCCUCAAAGAGUACCAAAACCGUGUCGUCCCUACCGGAGCCUGCACCUUCGGCUCGGGUGGUACAAAGAUCCUGGGAGGAAAUUCCCAGUCGCUCCGUGGUCACCAUGGUCAUGAUGGAGGAGUCGGAGGAGAGGAUGGGACUAAUGGACUCAUUGUCAUUCCCUUCAAAUACGCCUGGCCAAAGUCCUUCUCUCUGGUGCUGGAGGCUUUGGACAAUGACAACGGCACGACACAAUCAGAUCAGCUGAUUGAGCGUGUGCUUCUCUCCUCCAUGUUGAAUCCCGGAGAACAGUGGCAGACGCACCGUCACCAUGGAACUACCUUCAGCAUGGAGUAUCGCCUCCGUUUUCGAUGUGACUCCAACUACUAUGGGCCUUUCUGUAACAAGUUCUGUCGGGCCAGGGAUGACUUUUUUGGACACUUCAACUGUGAUCUCAGUGGCUCCAAGGUCUGCAUGGAGGGCUGGACGGGACUAGAGUGUAAAGAAGCGGUAUGCAAGCAAGGGUGUCACCAGGCCCAUGGCUCCUGCACGGUACCCGGGGAAUGCAAGUGUCACUAUGGUUGGACCGGGACUCUGUGCGACCAGUGUGUGACGUUCCCCGGGUGUGUGUAUGGGAGCUGCAGCGAACCUUGGCAGUGUGUGUGUGACGUCAACUGGGGAGGGCUGCUGUGUGACAAAGACCUGAACUACUGUGGGACACACCAGCCCUGCAAAAACGGUGGAACCUGUACCAACACCGAGCCGAACGAGUACCAGUGUGAGUGCCAGGAAGGUUUCAAGGGACGCAACUGUGACAUUGUUGAACACGCUUGCAUGUCAUCCCCGUGCAUGAAUGCUGCCACCUGUGUGGAAGAUCCAACUGGCUUCAGCUGCAUCUGUGCCGAUGGCUGGACGGGGCUGACCUGCGCAGAUGCGGUGAAGCGGUGCGAUCGAAGCCCUUGUGGACGAGGUUCAACGUGUCAGGAGGUUCCUGGAGGUUACCGCUGCCUCUGCCCGCCUGGAUGGAGCGGCAGGACCUGCAAGUUGGACACAGAUGAGUGUGAAAUGAACACAUGCGUUCACGCACGGUCUUGUCGCAAUCUGAUUGGAGGGUACUUGUGUGACUGCCUUCCUGAAUGGGCAGGGCCGAAUUGUGACAUCAGGAACAGCAGCUGUUGGGGGUUGUGCCUCAAUGGUGGACGUUGCGAGGACCAGCUAUCAGGGCCCAGAUGUUUAUGCCCGCCUGGUUUCUCUGGAAAACACUGCCAAAUCCCCCCAGGUCCUUGUGAUAGCGCCCCCUGUCUGCACGGUGGGAAGUGCAUGGAGAAGGACGAAGGGACCGCAACCUGCAACUGUCCUUUUGGAUAUUCUGGAAUCCGCUGUGAGGUAGUGUUGGAUCUUUGCAACCCCAACCCCUGCCAGGAGGGGGUGCCCUGUCACAGCAUAGAUGGCAGGUACAUGUGUGCUUGUCCUGAGGGUUACUAUGGCAACAAGUGCCUGAGCUUGAAGAAUCCUUGUUUUGGUCCACACUGUCCAGGUGCCAUGUCGGACACAACCAGUGGGGGCGUCAGCUUCUACAUGAUCCUGGUGGGCAUCUUGGCUUUGGUGAUGCUGUGUGGCUGCGCUACCUGUGCCUUCAUAUUUUCUCAUAUCCAUCACAAGCGGAAGAAGCAGCAGGCCGUUCCGCCGGAAGAAAGCAUCAACAAUCAGAGGGAGUUUGUCAACCUCAUUCGAAAUGUGGACCGCCCCCUCCCCGUCGCUCUGAUUCCUUCGGCCACCACCACCCUCACCGAGACACCAGAUCCCGCCCCUACCACCGACGCCACCGCCCCACGUUGCUACGAGGAGAUCGAACUCACGCUUCCAUAUCCCUCCCCUGCGCUAAAGCCGCUUCAAAGUGGACAUCCCAAAGUGGACAUUUCCAACCAAGAGAGGGAGAAGCUGAACCGCAUCCACUGCACAGACAACCAAGAACUAGAAGUCUGACCUUUGAACUCUCUGGCUUAUUAUUUUAUCAUGCAUACUUUGCACUCUUCUGCUCACAGGGUCCACUUUUCGGUAUGGAGGUUCUUUUUUGGGAUGCACAUGGGCCUCAUCUCAGCUCAGAUAGACCAGUAUGUCUUUGAAGGCACCGUGAUGUUUAACGUUAUGAUCUUGGACACUUGCAGUGACCUCGCAGUGCCUGGAAUUGUGUCAGACUGCCUAUUUGUAAUUCAGGACAAUAUUUGACUAAGUGGGUCAAUGAAGGAAUGAAAGGAUGAUUAUUUAAAGUCCAAGUGAAUGAAUGUGCUUGUAUAUUAUUGUAUUUACAAGGGAAAUAGCUCCACUGUGUCCAUUAACUGGACAUUUGGACUUGAUGUGAUUGUGCAAGUCAAAGACACAAACCUCAGAGUUGUGCUUUAAAGCCUCAUGAAAUUGUUUUUUUUUUUUAAACAGUUGCCUGUAUUGUCUUUGUGAUGCUGCAAUUUGUCAACGUAGAUGUUUUUUCACCCCACUCUACAUGUAAAAUAUUUUUUGUACAUAAAUGUAUUGUACAUAUUGAUGCUCUUUUUUUUUGUACUGUGCUUCGGUAUGAGAUCACUUUUAUUGUAUUACUUGGUCUCAGAUGACGUUCCAGCAAAAUGUGGAUUGUAAUAAAAGUGCAUUUACCAGUUUGGA